UAUUUGUUAUAUGACAGUUUGUAAAUCGUGCAAUUUCGUUUAAGGUCGUCAACACUGUUGACUCACAGCUGUUAAAACGUCAACGACUUGAGAAUUGUUUGUCUCUCGCCGAAUAAAUUUAACACGUUUAACAGCUAAUACAGCUGUUUUACGAUGCCUUAUUGCAAUUAAUUAACAUAGUUAUGAGUCUUUAAGUGUGUAUAGUUUUUGAGUGGAGAUAAGAUAGUGAUCCUUAUGAAUCUCGACUCGGAAUCCCCAGUUCAGACAGUAUGGAAGAGCGAUUUGUAUCGCAUGCAACUGGAGGCCCCUGUGCCUAUUCCAGUUAUAUGUAAUGAUGUUAUACCAGACCUACCCGCUCAUUUAGGGCAAGAUUAUCAUGGGCAUAUUUCUCAUAUUCAAGCUUCAAAUUUGCUUAGUUUAAAACCAAAUGGGGCCUAUUUGGUUAGAAAUAGCAAAUCAGCAAAUGGACAAUUCCAUACAUUAAGCUUAAAAUUUAACGACAAAAUUCACCAUUAUCGCCUAUACUAUGAUCCAAAAGGCGGUUUAUAUGUCAGAGAAAAAAGAUAUGAUUGUGUCAGAUCUCUUGUGGCUGAUGGUUUGGUUACAAUGUACUUGGAGCUUAAGGCCCCCACAGUAUUACAAAGGCUUGCGACAGCAAACUACCAAGAAAGCCCCUAUAUGACGUUAAACAAGAAAAAAUUACGGGCCUUAUCAAGGGAAAAUGCAAAAAACACAAACUUGUUCAAAGAUAAUGCCAAUAACGAUAACAUUCCAAUAUCCCAGUAUAUUUUAGGGCAAGUUAUUCCUGAACAAACUGAAAAACCACAUGUUUUUAAGGCUACCACUUUUAAAGGGUUAAAUUGGUGCGAGUUGUGUGCAAAUUUUUUAUGGGGGUUUACAUUGCAGGGGAAUAAAUGUGACGACUGUGGAGUUAUAGCACACAUGAAAUGUUCAGAAAAAUUCGCCAAUGACUGCGUUCCCGAUCUGAAAUACGUUAAAGGCGUAUUUGGGAUAGAACUGACGACAUUUUUGUCGGCUCACAAAGCAGAAAUUCCGUUUGUUGUUACCAAAUCUGUGGCGGAAGUAGAAGCAAGAGGUCUCACCAUCGAGGGUAUAUACAGAUUAAAUGGUUUUGCCGACGAAAUCGAUGCCAUCAAACUAGCUUUUGACAAAUAUGGUGAAAAAGCAGAUUUAAGCAUUGAAAAAUACGCAAACGUGAAUGCAAUCACUGGAGCUUUAAAGUUAUAUUUAAGGAUACUACCAGUACCUUUAAUUACAUUUGAAGUGCAUCCUUUAUUAAUUGAUGCUAUACAACAUAAAAAGCAGGAUUUGGUAUUAUCAUCAAUAGUCCAUGCUCUUUUAUCUUUACCAAAAGGACAUUAUGACACUCUAAAGUUUAUGAUGGAACAUCUUAACAGGGUUGCCCGCCACUCGGCCCUAAACAAGAUGACCGAGUCAAAUUUGGCAACAGUGUUCGCGCCUACCCUCAUACUGCACCCGAACAUGAAUCUUCCGGACGUUCGAAGCGAUAUUAAUUUGCUCGAAAUAUUAAUUACUCACUACGAAAGCGUUUUUAAAAGAAGGUAAAUUAAUUAAUUACCGUGCAUAAAUUUCCACUCUAAUUAAAUUAGGGUCCUCUUUUAGAAAAAGAUCUGUGAUUAUGUUUAUGUUUUAUGUAUGGUUUAUAAAUUAUGUUUUUUGGUUGUAUUCUCGUUACGACGGUGAUUUGCUGUUUUUAUUCUUGCCUGUUUUAAUAUUUUCGUAGUUUUAUAUUUAUUUUAAUAUCAACCUUAAUAGGACUGGGUUGUAAAGCACUUGUAUUAAGAAAAUCUAUUGUGAUACCAAAAUAGCUGAUAUUUUUCCAAGCUGCAAUAACAAAAAUAUUUAGAAAAAAAUUAAAUCGUUAUAAAAACCUGACCAAUUCAAAUUUUUAAUUAAGUUUAG